AUGCCGCCUGUAGGUGAUGGAGUGAGUCGAAGGAACGACGAGGAGCCGUGUGCCCCACCGAUACCCCCAAGAAGAACUCUAAAUCGUGACUUAGCCCUGGUCGCAAACGGUCGGUCAGCCUUGGUACCAGAACGAAAGGUAAAAUGCGUCCUUGUUGGUGAUGGAGCUGUUGGAAAGACGAGUCUUAUUGUUAGCUACACCACAAAUGGAUACCCAUCAGAAUACAUUCCCACAGCUUUUGACAAUUUUGCAGUCAAGGUUGUAGUUGAUGGGAGACCAAUUAGACUUCAGCUCUGUGACAUGGCAGGACAGGACGAGUUUGACCGCCUGCGUCCGCUCUGUUAUCGCAACACGGACGCGUUCCUUCUCUGCUAUAGCGUGGUCCAGCCCGCCUCCUUCCGCAACGUGUCGGACCGCUGGGCGCCGGAGAUCCGCCGCCUGUGCCCGGGCGUACCCGUCGUCCUCGUCGGCACUCAGUGUGACCUGCGUGAGGACGUGCAGGUUCUGAUCCAACUGGCGGAGCGGCGGGAGAAACCCAUCAGCGGAGACGAGGCUCGGCUGUGCGCCCACGCGCUCGGCGCCGCAUCGUUUAUCGAAUGUUCGGCUCUGACCCAGAAGAACCUGAAGGAGGUUUUCGACGCUGCCAUUCUGUGCAGCGUCCAGCAGGCUGGGGGCUCGGACCUCAGGCGGACCCUGAGACGGAAGACGCCGGAUAAAAUCAAGCAGCUCUCGGAAACGUGGUGGAGAAAAUUUAGCUGCUUUGUGUAG